UUACGGUACUUCCGCUUAACGUCAGAAGACCCGCUGAAAUUCAAAGUUGGAGGAGGAGACCGAAACAACAAGAAGCCUGUUUUCUUGUUUUCUGUCAGUUAGUUUCGACUGGUUUUACCGCUGCGACACCUUCUCAGCUAAGGAUGGAAGCUGACGGGGAAAACGGUGGCAAUGCCGGUAUGAAAAGACAGAGAGAACCUCUGUCAGAUACAGAAGAGAACAUCUUCUCUGCAACAGAGACGAAUGACGGCCAAAAACGUCGGCGUCUGGAAGCCUCCGGUCAGGAGAACCGUAGUCCCAAACCGUCCUCUUCUGGACGUCUGGCUGAGCUGGAGAUGAAACCAGACACACCGAUGGUUCCCUCGGUCCGGUCUCGAGUCCAGCAGCUCACCCAGAGAAGAGACGGAGCUCCUCUGACUCAGCGAUGCUUGUCAGAUCCAGGCAGUGACAGUCCUUCAGUCAGCUUCCACAGCAAGGGCCUCAGAGAGCAUCUCCUCGGUGAAGGAGAGUUCAGUCAGCGAAUGGAGCGCUUCAAGGCCCCGGUCCCCCAGGUUAGCCACGCCCCCUCGCUGAGCCCCGCCAACACCUGUGCACGAACCCGCUCCAACUUUGUAUCCGAAAUCCAGCAGCAGCUCCAGGGAACGACGACGCCGAGCUCCAAGCAGGCGUCUCGCAUUCGCCAGGAGCGGGAGCAGGAGCUGAGUCAGCUGCAGUUCCAGCCCAUCAGUGAGAACGCCUGGCUGAAGAGGAGCAGCUCCGAUUCCUCCUUAGCUCAGGUUAACGAUGAAGCUGAGAUGGAAGACGGGAGUUUUACUGAAGCAUCAGGUGUGGAGAAACCUUCUGUAAAUACGACAGACGCUGAACUGAGCUCCCAUGACGACACCAACACCGCCGACAUCAUCGACCAGAUGUUUGAGGAGGUUCUGGAGUACGCCGACAUGAUGGAGGAGGAGAGACGGGACGAAGACGACGUCGAGGACCGAGACAGCGGCAUCGGCACUGGUUCUCUGGACAAAGACAAGAUGGACACCGAGUCGGAGAAGGAGAAGAGUGAAGAAGAAGGAGAAGCCAAAGAGGGCGAUGAAGGCAAAAAGACUGAAAACAACGGAGACGAGCUGCUCAGUUUCCCUACAAGUGGAAUCCUCUCACCUCUCAGCAAGUCUGUGGAGGCUGUGGUCACCCCUCUGCGACUGGCAGCGACUCAGGAGUCCAACCCUCCAUCUUUACUCCUGACUCCAGAAGAAACCAGCACCCCUCCUGCUGAAUCUGCUCCUCUGUACAGCAUUGACGCCUACCGCACACAAAGACGCAGUAAGAUGCCGACCAUCCAGAGCGUCACUCCUGGAGUCCAGAGACGAGCUCAGGAGGCGUCCAACCCUCAACCGUCCGUCAACACCAAGGAGAAGAUCGCAGCUCAUAAUGAAGAAGCAACCAAACUACAGACUGUGAUCAAUCAGACCCUUCAGGCUCUGAACUGCUGCACUGACGAGGAACAUGGACGAGGUUCUCUGGAGGAGGCUGAAGCUGAGAAGCUGCUGCUGGUCUCCUGUGAGAAACGCUCUGCUUUGCUGGCAGAAGUGACCAGACUGAGGGAGGAGAGGAGCUCAGAGUCUGGAGAGACGGCAGCAGAGGACAAAGACUACGUUACCCAGCAGCCCUGCAGAGGAACCGUCAGCAUCACCAACAUCCAGCUGCCUCUUAAGGUGGAAUUUGUCUGCUCCUCACACGGCCGUGCAGGUCGUCCCAGUCACUACUUCUUCGUCCUGAUUCGCUACGGACCCUGCAACAUCGUCGCCACACCUCUGGCCACAGCAGCCGACGCUCAGAACGGAGACACCAUCUCCUUCCCGACGUCUGUCACUCUGAAGGAUAUUCACGCAUCCUUUGAGAUUGAUGUGGAAGUCUACAGUCUGUCGCACACCUCAAGCAGCAACUGCACCAUGGACAGAGCUGCCACCAAAUCAAGGGUCACACCAAGAAAGCUCCUGAGUACAAUCACUAGAUCCAGUAACACUCUGACAGCUGCUCAUCCUCUCAACACUCGUCGUUCCAGUAGCUUCUGUCUGGUCGGCUCCCAUAAGAUCACUCUGGCCUCGCUGGGACACAGCAAGUUCCCUCUGGAUAAGAUGAAGCUUGAAGGCAAAAUCAGGAGGCUGCUGGGAGAUGAAUUUCAGGAAAAGGUGCCUUUUCUGUCUCCUCUAGAGGGCAACAUCUACCUGAAACUGGACAGCAGCAGCCACUCUAACGUCCAGCACCAAGGCUUCCUGACGAUGUUUGAGUUGAUCAGUGGAUACGGGGUUUGGCAUCGCCGGUAUUUUGUCCUGGAGGGCUGCAGCAUGUUCUACUGGAACCACCCCAACGACAGAGAAACCAAGGAAGCGGAAGGCAGCAUCUCCUUGUCCGGUUCUCCCAGUCGGUGCAUUCGUCCGGUAAAGAGAGAUGCUUGUGCUCGGCCUUUCACCUUCGAGCUGGUGAGCAGCGUCACGCAGCAGGACGACAACCAGGAAUCUCUGGCCAAGUGUUGGUUUUCAGCCGACACCAAGCAGGAGAGGCUGGACUGGAUGGAGAAGCUGAACCAGUCUCUUCUGGACUUUCACACGUGGAACCGAACCCAAACAGGAAGUCAGCAGCUGAACAGCAGCAGCAGCCUCAGGGAGAGCAUUCUGUGAUUUCUUAGAACCAUGAAGGCCUCCUGGAGGUGGACGAGCUGAAAUCAGGGUUCAGGUUCUUCAUCUCAGAGCUACAUUCAGCCAGACAAACACGUCACGUUGGUUUAUUUCUGGGAAUUUUGAUUUCUCUUUUUAUUUUAACCUGAAUCCAAUCCGUGUUGUUGUUUUUUUUCUUUUAUUUACCAGUUGCCAUUUGAAUAUGUUUGGGUUUUUUGUUUGUUUUUUGGUUAAAAUCUGUUUUUAUUUUGUUUUUUUUCUUUGGCAAUCAGCUGCUUUUGCCUUCGUAGGCAACGUAUUUUUGGUCACUUUCAGUAGCUAACAGGAAACUACUGUUGUAGCGUGAAAUAAUUCGCACGUAUAUGUAGAUUGUAUUUUUGUAUAUCAUUUAAAACUGGAAGGAUAAACACAUUUAUAGAGAAACACUAAUAAAUAUCGAAGGACGUCUUUAACUCUAAUGAACUAAUCUAGGACGGGAGCGUAUAUGAAACGACAGGAAACACUGAAUUAUUAAAAUGUGGAAGCCGGUGAUUGAAUGGGAGAUUACAGCAUCUGCUUGUGUUUGGUCAAAUGUUACGUUUUUGAGCCAUUCUAGGUGGACGUUUGUGCAGAUUUUGGUGCAUUAAACCAAAAUCUUUGGGCUGUUAGGUGGCAGAUAUGUUAUAGAUUAUUAAAAGAACAAAUUUAAAGGCUGUUAUUGUUCCAAUAAUGGAGUUUCAGCUUGAAAUUACAUCUGAUAAUAGAAUAAUUUUACAAAUUAAUGCAUUUUUUACUGUAGAGAAGGCAAAGUCUGUCUAAAUAUGAGAUGUUUAUUCAGAAAAAUGAGAUUAGCAGUCAAAAAAAGAUCGAUAUUGUCUUUUUUGCAUUUGUAAAAUUAAUAUUAUCGGCACUGAAAUUCCACAUAUUUAUCAAUUUCUUUAAAAUGUGACAGGAUGACACUUGGUGCUUUAAGAGAAAACCUGCAGCUUAAAUGUCUGGAUUUUUGCCCUCUUGCUUCUAAAAAUCGAUUAAUUGCCAAAUUUAAACCAAUUAAUUGAUUAUCAGAGUAGCUGGAGAUUCAUUUGAGUAGUUAAAAGGAAAAAAAAUCUUCUUAAAAGUGAAUAUUUUCGGCUGAACUGAAUAUAUUUGGACAAAACAAGACAUUUUACACACCAACUAAUUGAUCUGUUAACCCAGAAAAUGUUCAUUUGACUUAUCAGCGAUAGAAAUUAGGAUUAGUUGAAGCCCUCUUUAACCUCUUAGGCACACGGUUGUUGCUACUGCACAGAUAUAAUCUAAAAUAUUUACACAUGUAAGUGUGUAUUUUUCAUUUUGAAUGGGAGAACCGGUGGAGGAAGGAAUAUGGGAGGGACUGUAGUGUUGUGGUUGCGCUGCUACAGUGAAUGUGGUUUGUUCUGUGUGAUGUUCUGUCCUUUUCCAUGUACUUCCACCUAUCAGUCCUGUCGCUUUUUGAAUGUUGUCGAUGUGAACUCUCAUUCUAUGCACUUAAUGGAAGGUACCAAUAAAAGAAAUGCUUCAAAAACGG